UAUUACUCUUGUGGCCGCACUAACCAUGGCAUAGACAACUCUGCCAGGGUGUUGAGAGGCCUGAUUAAUUCAAUUCUCAAACAGCAGCCAAAGUUGAUCCUUCACUUGACUGUAACACUAGAAAACAUCAAAAGAGAUCGAUUCGACAGUCCAAAUGAUUUUACUGCUCUCUCGGGAGUCUUAUUCAAGAUGUUGAAAGACCAAGCUUUUGUCCGGUCAUAUCUAGUGGUGGAUGGCAUUGAUGCAUGUUCGUCUGACGAUGAAAGAAAGGACGGCGACUGUCUCAGCGACUUGCUACGGCUAAUCAUGGCGACUGAAAAUAUUCCAGAUAAAAUUAGGUGGCUCGUAUCCGCAGAUAUAAAUCAUCGCGUCAAAACCGACUUGGUAGAGGCGGGACAUUUUCGAUAUAUCGUUUUAGAGCAAGCUUAUCAGGUGCUCGAGCUCAAGGAAGCGUUUCAUCGAAGCGUCAAUUCCAUGGUUGAUGAGCUGGCACUAGAGAAGGGAUAUUCUGAGGAAAUCAAAACGGAAAUUUCGCGAAUUAUCAGCGAAAAAUCGAAAGACAAUGCCCUAUGGGCUGUUACGGCUUGCGCAACUCUCCGAAAAGAAGAUAACUGGUAUGCAGUUGAUGUCCUCAAAGAAAUGCCUGCAGAAUUGAAUGGGCUGUACGAAUAUGCACGAGUCAAUAUGGCGAAGCUUCCUCGCCAUGAUCCCGAAUUUUGCAAAUCAGUGCUUUCAACCAUGGCCGUUGCGUACCGCCCCCUUCUGAUAUCAGAGCUGGCAAGAUUCGUAGAUCUACCGCCACAAGUCGAUCUAAUGAGAAUACUCGACAGGUGCCGCCCAUAUCUGGAAGUUCAAUCAGGCAAGGUCAGGUUUGCAGAUCCAACAGCUCGGCAGGAGGCGUGGAAUUAUCUGCGAAAUAACCCCCUUGAAUUCUCCGAGGCACACUCUCUCAUCGCUAGAAAGGCCCUUGAAUGGUUAUCGGAAUACUUCAACACGGCCACUUUGGGCGUACCCAACCUUAACUCUGCUAGAAAUCAGAGCGAUGGGGCGAACUUUUCCAACAACUAUGGAGCUAUUCAUUGGCUAAUGCAUCUUCUCAAUGUGAAGUGUUUUAGCAGAGAUGAUAAAACAACAAAUGCGGUGGUUUUCUUCAUGCAAAAUCAUUUCUUACUCUGGCUAGAUACAGUAAUCUCUGCCGGUCUUCAUACUGAUGUUGCUAUCCUGAUGAAGAAGCUUGACAGAUUUUGGACCGUGAGUGGCCCAAUUAGCCUAAAGAUAGCUAAGGAUGCCCUCCAAAUUAUUUAUUCUCAUAAAUCUGGAAACAGUGUUUUCCAUACCAACCCCAACAGCGCCAUAUUUUAUCCGGAAGAAAGCGUUUUGAAACAACAUUGGGUGGCCGAGAAUAACGAUUGGCUAGUUUUGCCACCAGAGACAGCACAAAAUUGGAGCGACAACUCUCUCGCUCUGGCUAACCGAAGUGAUGUCGAGAGCCUUGCCUUCUCUCCAGAUGGAAAACUUUUGGCAUCGGGAUCCGAUGAUUCGGCCGUUCGCGUAUGGGACGCUGAAACGGGAGCCGCGCAGUUGAUGUUCGAAGAGCACGGACGAAAGGUGGUGUGUCUCACUUUCUCCUCCAAUCGCCAAUUAGCGUCUGGCUCAGAAGACGGGGUCAUUCACAUUUGGGACAUGAACACAGGAUCUCGUCAUAAGACGUUGCUAUGCCAGAAAUACGGCCUAUUGUGGGAUAUUCGGUGGAUAGCAUCCUCCAGCAUCAAGACUGUGAAUAUUCGGGAUGGAUUCAACGAUAAUGCAUUGCGGAAAUCGCUACUUGGCCAUGAAGACGAUGUUAAAUGCGUUGCAUUCUCACAGGACGAAAAACACCUUGCUUCAGGCUCGCGUGACAACACUAUCAAAAUUUGGGAUUUGGAAACCGGACAGGUUGUUAGCUAUGUGAUGAGGGGACACACGAAGGAGGUGACAGCAGUUGCCUUCUCAAGGCAGGGGCAUCUUGCAUCAGGGGCUACCGACAAGAUUAUCUGGCUAUGGGACUCGGAGCGCAACAUGAGCAAUGGUAUGAACGCUCGGAAAGAGCCCAACAAGGGUUAUCCUGUUAGGUGUAUAGCCAUGUCUUCUGAUGGUAAAUAUCUGGCAUCAUCUACCGACACAAAUAUCUGUCUCUGGGACGGGACUACAGGCCGACCGACAAAACCUCACGAACUUCUGGAAGGAGGGGUAUUGUCCAUCUCGUUCUCACUUGACGGGGGACGACUGGUUUCAUCUUCAAAAUACGGCACUGUGACAGUUUGGGAUGUAGCUAGCGGAAUGCUAUGCCACAAAUUCCGGGGUCACUCAGAUUAUGUUACGUCUGCCACCUUCUCUCCCGAUGGUAACCAAGUAGCCUCAGCAUCCGAUGACUGUUCUGUACGAAUCUGGAAAUGCCUUGCAGAAGUAGAAAAAGAAAAGGAACAGAAUGAGGAGGAAGACCGAGAAACGAUUCUUCUGGGCCACAGUAAAUUUGUUACCACUGUCGCUUUCUCGCCCAAUGGAAAGUUCCUAGCUUCAGGGGGUGACGAUUCAAGGCUGAUGAUGUGGGACCUCGCGUCCCUGCAGCUGAAGUGGGAAGCUUUUGAUUACUCGGGUGGCAUUGAAAGCAUUGUGUUCUCUCACGACUCUUCUAAAGUUGUGUCGCGUUCCAGUGAUAAAAGUAUCCGAGUCUGGAAUGCAGGAACUGGAGUUUGCAUUCAAGGUCCCAUAAGGACUCAAGAAACAGAGCGUUCCGUUGGGUUUGACAUCGGGAUGCCAGAAUACUUCUUGACUGAGUUUGGAGCUGAUCCUUCUACCCUCGGCUCUUCUGCCUUUUUUAGCCAAGAGUCUUUCAAGGGCAAACGGUAUGGCAUAUCGAUAGCCGGUGACUGGAUCACUUGGAAUGGCAGAGAGAUCAUCCCCAUCCCGGAUAUGUAUCGACCUACGGCGUCAUGGGUGCAGGGCAACACUGUGGCUAUCGGGACCAAGUCGGGCAAGGUGUUGCUGUUUAGGUUU